AGCGCAGCCACAGGGGAUGACCACGCCAUCUACCCCCUCUGUAACCGUUUCACGGACUUCAUCCUCGUCUGCCUGGGUCUGCCCUUCGCCAUGACUUUGAUCCUUCCUGCGGUCGCGAUGGGUGUGGACCCCUUUUCUACCCCAGCAGCAUGUUUGUUCCUCGUCGAGUUCACCUGGACUAUCAUGUACGAGACCAUCUACGCGUACCAGGACGUUCAGCAUGACAUGACGUCCAGGCUGAAGUCAAGUCCAUGGCUGUGCGGUACAGAUCUUCCACUAAGACCAUUGCCUCGGUGUUGGGCGUGUUUAUGGUCGGGUUCUUGGUCGCCGUGGGGCUGUUGGCUGACCUGUCUGGGCUUUACUACCUUGUGGGUUGUGGUGGGACUGCGCUUUCGUUGGUGGUGAUGAUUUAUUCGGUGGAUUUGACCAAGCCCGCGAGUUGUCUGUAUUGGUUCCGCACAGGGUUUUUUAUUGUGGGUGGGAGUAAGUCGGCGGGGUUUUUGGUUCAGUAUUUGAUUGAUCUGUUAGGCUGAGUGGAGUGAGUACUCUACUAUAUAGUGCUAAUAGUGGCUUGAACAGGUGCUGGGGCGUGUGGAGAUGGUCAAACACUCUUGUGAUACACACUAUUUAAGUACCCUCAUAGCCACACGUAGUAAAGGCUCCAACACGCCAACACCAUGUUCUCCGCAAUCCAUGCUCAGUCCAACUGCAACGAUCUCUCAUCAAAGUCCGAAUGGGGAUAAUACCACUGCUCAAC